AUGCCCCAAUCCUCAUCGCAAGGAGCCGCGUCGUCGCCACCGGAUCUAAAACGGAAACAGCCCACAAUCGCUAGCUUCUUCGGGAAGAAGCCGUCGCAGCAAUCGCCGAGUGGCGCGGGUAGCCAACCGCAACCAAAAUCGAAGGAGCGGGAGGAUUCGCAAGGGGAUAAGGAGAAUAAGAACCAAGUGGUGGAAGAAAAAGAGGAUGAGGACGAAGACGAAGAUAAUGAUGAGGAAGUAGUGGCGCCGGCGCCGAAGCGGGCAAGGGUUAAUGGGAGCCAGGACUUCGGCCGGAAAACGUCAGCUGCAGCUGCAGAAAAACAGGACCUGGCGGUGGCCGAUGCGAGUCAACGGACGGAUUUGUCGAAGUUUACCAGCUCGCCUGCUGUCGAUAUCGCCGCGGAGAAAACGCAAGACACCGACACCGACGAUCCGGAGGCUAAGAGACGACAGAAAGAAAAGGAAAAGCUGCACCAGAAAUUCGUCAAGAGACUCGGUGGCCCAGAUUGCUUGAUUGGAAUCGGAAGCGACGGAGUCAAUGAUGCCGGUGGCACCGAAGACGUCGCAGAAGCUGAAGACGACGAAGAACCCGCGAAACCGGCACCUAAAGGGAAAGCGACGAAGAAGGGCGGGAGUAAGCUGACACCGUUGGAGAAACAGGUUAUUGAUAUUAAGAGGAAGCAUAUGGAUACGAUAUUGGUGGUGGAGGUUGGGUAUAAGUUUCGGUUUUUCGGGGAGGAUGCGCGGGUUGCAGCGAAGGAGUUGAGUAUUGUUUGUAUUCCGGGGAAGUUGAGAUAUGAUGAGCAUCCGUCGGAAGCGCAUAUCGAUCGUUUCGCAUCCGCGAGUAUCCCCGUCCAUCGUCUGCAUGUACACGUGAAGCGCCUUAUCACGGCAGGAUACAAGGUUGGCGUGGUCCGACAAAUUGAAACGGCAGCUCUCAAGGCUGCCGGCGAUAACCGCAACGCACCGUUUGGCCGCAAGCUCACCAACCUCUACACCAAGGGUACAUAUAUCGAUGAUGUGGAGGGGAUGGAAGGUCCUGCUCCUGCUGCUUCGGAGGGGUCGCCAGCAACUGGAUAUCUGCUGUGCAUUACGGAGACGAAUGCGAAGGGUUGGGGGAAUGAUGAGAAGGUGCAUGUGGGAAUUGUGGCUGUCCAGCCGGCUACCGGGGAUGUGAUUUAUGAUGACUUUGAGGAUGGGUUUAUGCGGAGUGAGAUUGAGACGAGGUUGCUUCAUAUUGCGCCGUGUGAGCUUCUUAUCGUUGGUGAACUAUCCAAAGCAACCGAGAAGCUGGUUCAGCAUCUCUCCGGUAGCAAGCUGAACGUCUUCGGCGACAAAGUCCGCGUCGAGAGGACCGAGAAGAAGAAGACCGCAGCUGCAGAAUCCCACAGCCACGUUUCGAGUUUCUACGCUGAGAAAAUGAAGUCAAGCAAUGCCGCAGACGAUGCACAAGCAAGCAGCCUCCUCCAAAAAGUCCUCGGUCUCCCCGAACAAGUCACCAUCUGUCUGUCAGCAAUGAUCUCGCACAUGACUGACUACGGCCUCGAACAUGUAUUUGAGUUAACGAAGUACUUCCAGCACUUCUCUGCGCGCUCGCACAUGCUACUCAACGGAAAUACACUAGUCUCUCUCGAGAUCUACCAGAACCAGACUGACCAUUCGGCGAAGGGGAGUCUGUUCUGGACGUUGGACCGCACGCAUACGCGUUUCGGACAGAGGAUGUUGCGGAAGUGGGUUGGACGGCCGUUGUUGGAUAAGGAGAAGCUUGAGGAGAGGAUCAAUGCUGUGGAGGAGCUGAUGAGUUCUGAGAGGACGGUUUCGGUGGAGAGGGUUAAGGGGUUGUUAGGGAAGAUCAAGAGUGAUUUGGAAAGGAGUUUGAUUCGGAUUUAUUACGGGAAGUGCACUCGACCGGAACUCCUUACCGUUCUGCAGACGAUGCAGAUGAUCGCGCAGGAGUUUUCUGAUAUCAAGUCGCCGGCUGAUACUGGGUUCAAGUCUUCUGUUGUCAGCGAAGCUCUUGCGCCAUUGCCGACUAUCUUGGAAGAUGUGGUAUUCUUCCUGAAUAAGAUUAACAUGCACGCGGCCAAAAGCGACGACAAGUAUGCAUUCUUUCGCGAGUCCGAAGAAACGGAAGAAAUCAGCGAAGAGAAACUGGGUAUAGCCAGCGUCGAGCACGACCUAUCAGAGCACCGCACUGUUGCCGGUGAAACGAUAGGCAAGAAGAAGGUCGACUACGCCGCCGUAGCCGGCAUCGAAUACCUCAUCGAAGUUGAGAACAGCUCCUCGACCAUCAAAAGAGUACCUGCCUCAUGGGUCAAAGUCAGUGGCACCAAGAAAGUCUCACGCUUCCACACCCCCGAAGUGAUUCAACUCCUCCGCCAACGCGACCAACACAAAGAAGCAUUAGCAGCAGCCUGUGACAAAGCAUACGUCUUCCUCCUCGCAGAAAUAUCCACCCACUACCAAUCCUUCCGUGACAGCGUGCAAGCCCUCGCAACACUAGACUGUCUCAUCUCCCUCGCCACAAUCGCCAACCAACCCGGCUACUCGAAACCCGAAUACACAGACGAAACAUGCAUCCGCGUCGAACAAGGCCGCCACCCUAUGGUCGAACAGCUCCUACUGGACACCUACGUCCCCAACGACAUCGACAUGGCCUCCGACCAAACCCGAGCCCUACUCGUCACAGGACCAAACAUGGGCGGGAAAUCAAGCUAUGUCCGCCAAAUCGCAUUGAUUGCCAUCAUGGGCCAAAUAGGCUCGUACGUCCCCGCGCAAUCCGCAAAACUGGGCAUGCUCGACGCCGUGUACACCCGCAUGGGCGCAUUCGAUAACAUGCUUGCCGGCGAGUCAACGUUCAUGGUCGAGUUAUCCGAAACAGCAGAUAUCCUCAAACAAGCGACCCCGCGGUCCUUAGUUAUCCUCGAUGAAUUGGGCCGUGGUACAUCCACGCACGACGGUGUUGCCAUUGCACAGGCUGUGCUGGAUUACAUGGUUCGCUCGCUACGCAGUCUUACACUCUUCAUCACGCACUACCAACAUCUGUCGAAUAUGGUGCAUUCCUUCCGCGACCAUGAACUCCGUAACGUGCACAUGCGUUUCACGGAGUCCGGGACCAACACGGAAGAGGAGCAAAUUACGUUCCUCUACGAAGUGGGCGAGGGCGUCGCGCAUCGAAGUUACGGGUUGAAUGUGGCGCGUUUGGCGAAUCUACCGGCUCCGCUACUAGAUCUGGCGAAAAAGAAGAGUGCGGAGUUGGAGGAGAAGAUUAGGCGGAGGAGGUUGGGGGGUUUGGUUGCUGCUGUUGGGGGGGUGUUGGCGGGGGAUGAGAGUGAUGGGUUGAUUGAGAGGCUGGUUGGUAGUGCGGAGCAGCUGUAG